CUGGAUUCAUCUUCGGCGACUGUUCAGUACCAUCGCCGCUUGUAGAAAGCGUCAUCGGCAGUCGCAUCCGGGAAUUCUGUCGAGAUGGUCAUGGCGGAGGGUACUGCUGUUCUGAGGAGGAAUCGGCCAGGCACGAAGGCGAAGGAUUUUUACAACUGGCCUGAUGAGUCCUUUGAGGAGAUGGACAGCACCUUGGCUGUUCAGCAGUACAUCCAGCAGAACAUCCGCUCUGACUGCUCCAACAUCGACAAGAUCCUAGAGCCCCCGGAGGGCCAGGAUGAGGGCGUAUGGAAGUACGAGCACCUAAGGCAAUUUUGUUUGGAGCUAAAUGGAUUGGCUGUCAAACUACAGAGUGAGUGCCACCCUGACACAUGUACCCAGAUGACUGCCACCGAGCAGUGGAUCUUCCUCUGCGCAGCACACAAGACACCCAAAGAGUGUCCAGCCAUCGAUUACACAAGGCACACGUUGGAUGGUGCUGCCUGCCUUCUGAACAGCAACAAGUAUUUCCCUAGCCGUGUCAGCAUUAAGGAGUCGUCCGUAGCCAAAUUGGGAUCAGUGUGCCGCCGCAUCUACAGGAUUUUCUCUCACGCCUACUUCCACCACCGGCAGAUAUUUGACAAAUACGAGAACGAGACCUUCCUGUGCCACCGUUUUACGCGCUUUGUCAUGAAGUACAACCUGAUGUCCAAGGACAACCUCAUCGUGCCCAUUCUGGAGGAGGAGGUGCAGAACGCCAGCGCCGCAGGGGAGAGCGAGGCCUGAGCAGGAGGGGAGCUGGUCCAUGGAGGAGAUCCACGGGUCACCAUGGCGACAGUAGGGAUGCUCUGCAGUCUGCAGCUGUGUGUGGCCAUGGUUUGGCCCGACUCACACUCUCUCCAUUCUUCCUCUAUGUCCAAACCCUGGUGCCCAUCCCAUUCUCCUCCGAAAAAGGAAAAAAAGGUCCAUCAUGAUUUUAUUAUUUUUUGUGCAGCUUAGACUUGACACAUGCAUACUCCGGUGUGCUCCUUGUAUAUAAGACCACCCCCCCUCUCCUUGCCGUCCUAUGCUCCCUGUGCCCCCCCUCCUCUCGGCUUUUUAUUCUAACAAUCAUGUCUCGUGGGUGCUUCAGCUUUAAGGUUCCCUCUCACCUCCUCUUUAUAUGUUUGUUUUUAUUUUUUCAUUCGAGUGUGUUUGUAUUCUAUCUCCCUUGUACCCACUCCCCUUUCCUCUCCCCCAUCAUUAAGUUAUUUAGUGGGAACUGGCACACAGCCUUACCCACACAUUUUUGUUUUUAUUUUUCUUAAAUGAUGAACUAAAGUUUGAUAUUUUCAUGUCUCUUAAUAAUUAAAAACACUUGUACCCAGA